AUGGCUUCGGGGCCUAUAGUUAGAGAUGAGGGGGUUAGAGAGAUACAGAGAUACUCGGAGAAUAACGUGUACAGGAGAAAAGCCUUCAAAGGUUCAAAGAAGAAAGUUAACGAUACCUUGAGCGAUGUUCCUCGUGCUAGUUCUUCAUCUGCUGCUACCACCACAGUCACUGCUGAUGGAACGAAGGAUAACGGCAACAAUAACAAUGUUUCCGUUCAGCAGCCGGAUCGGGUUAUGGUUCCGGAGGAUGGGAAUUCGCUUCGCCCUGUAGUGAAUUCUGGGAUGGAUGUGGUUUCAGAAGACUCAUCCAGCCUGAAUCGUAGGCAGGAUGAACAUUUCACUCUUGAUAUUCAGCUGGAAGAUGCUUCUGGCUCGCGAGAACCAUCUUUGAGGAACUGUGUUAGUAAGCAGGGGGUGGAGAAUGGUGUUAACAAUGGCCUGACUUCACGGUCAAAGCAGGAGACACGGGAGCUUAGGAGGAAGCUUGAGAGCGAGCUUGAAACUGUGAGAUCUUUGGUGAAUAGGAUUGAAGAGAAGCAAGGGACGGUUGGGAUGUAUGGUGGUAAUUUGAACAUGUCGGUGGAUCAUCAUAUGGUUAAUAAUGGUGGGGGAGCUAAGCGCACUCACUCUGAGGUAGUAUCUGCAGGCGUUCCAAGAGAGCCUACUAGGCCUUUACGCCCAUUAAGUGUAAUGGUGUUAGAGAAUAGUCAAGGGGUUAGUGAAAUUAUUGAAAGGGAGAAGAGAACACCCAAGGCAAACCAGUUCUAUUGCAAUUCAGAAUUCUUACUUGCAAAAGAUAAGUUUCCGCCUGCAGAGAGUAACAAGAAGUCAAGAUUGAAUGGAAAGAAGCAUGGCAGGGGAGAAAUGGGACAUGGGCUUGGGAUAGUAUCAAAAUAUUUGAAGAGCUGUAGCUCAUUGCUUGAAAAGUUGAUGAAACACAAGCAUGGUUGGGUGUUUAAUGCUCCAGUUAAUGUUGAAGGUCUUGGUUUGCAUGAUUAUUUCAUCAUCAUCUCACAUCCAAUGGACUUGGGUACUGUGAAGUCGAGGCUGAACAAGAAUUGGUACAAAUCACCCAAGGAAUUUGCGGAGGAUGUGAGACUUACUUUUCGUAAUGCCAUGACAUAUAAUCCUAAAGGGCAAGACGUUCAUAUAAUGGCGGAGGAGCUAUUAACAUUGUUUGAUGAAAGGUGGGCUAUUAUAGAGGCAAAUUACAAUAAUGAAAUGAGGUAUGUCAUGGAUUAUGGCCAAGCUGUUUCCGCACCUUCACCCCUGUCUAGAAAGACUCCUGCUUUCCGGCCACCACCUCUAGACAUGAGAAGGAUUCUGGAUAGGUCAGAAUCAAUGACAAAACCUCCAAAACCCAUGAACUUUACUCGUUUAGCUCGAACUCCUGCUCCCAAAAAGCCUAAAGCUAAUGAUCUUCAUAAAAGAGAUAUGACAUAUGAAGAGAAGCAAAAACUUAGCACACAUCUUCAGAAUCUACCUUCUGAUAAACUAGAUGCUAUUGUACAGAUCAUGAAGAAACAGAAUUCAGCACUUUCCCAACAUGAUGAUGAAAUUGAAGUGGACAUUGAUAGUGUGGAUGCAGAGACUCUUUGGGAGCUUGAUAGAUUUGUUACCAACUAUAAGAAAAGUUUGAGCAAAUACAAGAGGAAGGCUGAACUUGCUAUUCAAGCUAGAGCAGAGGCUGAGCAAAUGGCCCAGCAGAGGACCCAAGCACAACACGAUGUUGUUGAGGUCCCGAGAGAAAGACAAGCAGAGGAAAGAAAUGCUCCCCCAUCCUUGCCCGAGCAAGGGGAAAUUCAAGAGGAUAACGGGAGUAAGACAAGUAGCUCAAGCAGCUCAAGCAGUGAUUCUGGCUCUUCAUCAAGUGAUUCUGAUAGUGACAGCUCCUCAGCGUCUGGGUCUGAUGCAAGGUCACCGUGA